AUGGCUGGUACUAUGUGGAAAGCGAUCAUUUUGCUGGUCCUGUCCAGACCCAGCCCCUGUGACGGGCUAUUUCGCUCCAUAUACAGAAGUACCCAGGUCUCCAUGCCACCUCUGGGAGAUUUUGGAAAGGCAGUAUUUCUUACCCCUUAUAUUCAAGAAGGGAAGAUCAAGGAAGGGAAAGAAGCAAGUUUGGUCACCCUUUCCAUAGAAGAGAAUGUGAACAGUUACGCCGGCUACAUCACGGUGAAUGAGACCUACAACAGCAACCUCUUCUUCUGGUUCUUCCCCGCCGAGGUACAGACAGCAGAUGCCCCAGUGGUUCUGUGGCUACAAGGUGGGCCAGGAGGGUCAUCCAUGUUUGGCCUCUUUGUGGAACACGGACCUUAUAUUAUCACAAGUAACAUGACCAUGCGAGCCAGAGACUUCCCCUGGACCUUCACACUGUCCAUGCUCUACGUCGAUAAUCCAGUGGGCACAGGCUUUAGUUUUACAGACGACACUCGUGGAUACGCAGCCAGUGAGGAAGAUGUGGCCCGAGACUUGUACAAUGCAUUAAUUCAGUUUUUCCAGUUGUUUCCUGAAUAUAAAGAUAAUGAGUUUUAUGCCACGGGGGAGUCUUAUGCAGGGAAAUACGUGCCUGCCAUCGCCCACCUCAUCCACACCCUCAACCCCGAGAGGGCCCAGAAGAUCAACCUGAAAGGAAUCGCUCUUGGAGAUGCGUAUUUUGAUCCUGAAUCAAUCGUAGGAGGCUAUGCAGAAUUCCUGUACCAGAUUGGCUUGUUGGAUGAGAACCAGAGAAAGUACUUCCAGAAGCAGUGCGAUGAAUGCGUAGAACACAUCAAGAAGCAGAAUUGGUUUCAGGCCUUUGCAAUCCUGGAUAAACUAUUGGAUGGUGACUUAACAAGUGAUCCUUCUUACUUCCAGAAUGUUACAGGAUGUAUUAACUACUAUAACCUCUUGCAGUGCAUGGAACCUGAGGACCAAGGUUACUACGCAAAAUUUUUGUCGCUUCCAGAAGUGAGACAGGCCAUCCACGUGGGAAACCGGACUUUUAACGACGGAGCUAUAGUUGAAAAGUAUUUGCGAGACGAUACCGUGCAGUCUGUUAAGCCGUGGUUGGCUGAAAUCAUGAACAAUUACAGGGUGCUGAUCUACAAUGGCCAACUGGACAUCAUCGUGGCAGCCCCCCUGACAGAACGUUCCCUGAUGACCAUAGACUGGAAAGGAGCCAAGGAAUACGAGAAGGUGGAAAAAAAAGUUUGGAAGAUCUUUAAAUCUGAUAAUGAAGUGGCCGGUUAUGUGAGGCAAGUGGGUGACUUCCAUCAGGUAAUUAUUCGAGGUGGAGGACACAUUUUACCCUAUGAUCAGCCUCUGAGGUCUUUCGAUAUGAUUAAUCGAUUCAUUUAUGGACGAGGAUGGGAUCCUUAUAGUUGA